UGAAGUCUAACUUUAUACUACUUGUAGAUGGCUCGAGUGUCUAAGUACUUUAGAUCGGAAUGAAUUGGUAGCUUCAGAUGUUUGUUGGCCAAGCAUGAAUUUUUCUGUUCCUGCUAAAAUAUUCAGUUAGAUGAUUCCCCUAUUUCUCUGUUUUUUACUUCAAGUGCGAGGGCGGGAAUAUAUGAAGCUCCGCACAGCAGUUGCCAUUGCUUAUCUCAGCAGCUUGAUUUGGAUUCAACAGAUUCAUUGUGAUGAACUUUCUGGUACUUCUGGCAUAAACAAAUGGACAUGUAAAUGUUCUUAUUCAUAUCAAGGAAAUCAUAGUUAUGCUGUUAAAUCCAAUUGUUCCACAUCCUGUAAUUGCAUUCCAGAUGCUGGUGGAAAUGGGAGCACAUGGACGUGUACAUGUACUGCCAAAGGGUUCCCUAAGUUAGCUUCUGAAAAUCUUGAUACCAACUGUUUUACAGCCUGCCAAUGCACUUAUGGAUAUCUCAGCACGGCGCAAGUCUCAAAAAAGCAUAUUUCGAGCAAAGUUGUUAUUAUUCUGUUACUGUGUGUUAUUCUCACAACUUUUGCAUUUCUUGCCUCUGCCUUGUGCUAUAUCUAUCGAAGGGACAAGUGCCCUAUUCAAGCACCAAUGGUCUCAUCUGAUAAAGAAACAAAUUGUAAUAGUGCUACCAACUUAUUAAGUCUUAGGACUUCUUCAGCACUGGAAAGUGAAACUACCAUAGAUUUCUCCACAAGAACUUUCACAGGAUGCUUUCAGAAUCCUUCUUCAUUAUUUAGAAACAGACGAGGGAAUAUACAUGGAACCAUCAUCCAAUUUUCGUAUUCUCAGUUGGAAAGUGCAACCAAGAAUUUCUCAAACUCUAAUCUUAUUGGAGUUGGAGGAAGCAGCUAUGUUUAUCAUGGUCAGCUCAGAAAUGGCAGAACUGUGGCAAUUAAGCGACUAAACUCGGGAGAACCAGAUGCUGAAUCUCUAUUUUUAACAGAGAUUGAACUACUAUCCAGACUUCACCAUUGUCAUGUGGUGCCUUUGCUUGGCUACUGUUCAGAAUCCUUUGGAAAGAAUACUGAGAGGCUGCUGGUAUUUGAGUACAUGCCUAAUGGUAAUUUGAGAGAAUGUUUGGAUGGGGACUCGGGGAGAGACAUAGAUUGGGCUACUCGAGUUGCAAUUGCAAUUGGAGCUGCAAGAGGCUUGGAAUAUCUUCAUGAAGCAGCCGCUCCAAGAGUUCUGCAUAGUGAUGUCAAAUCAACAAACAUUCUCCUGGAUGAUACUUGGAGAGCAAAAAUAACUGAUCUUGGCAUGGCUAAAUGCUUAAGAGCUGAUGGUGUCCCCAGCUGUUCCAAUCCUCAAGAAAAAAUGCAAGGGACUUUUGGCUAUUUUGCACCAGAGUAUGCUAUUGUAGGAAAAGCCUCCCUCAAAUCAGAUGUUUUCAGUUUUGGGGUAGUUCUUCUUGAGCUUAUUAGUGGCCGGAAGCCCAUAUAUAAAUUGACCAACAAAGGAGAAGAAAGCCUUGUCAUUUGGGCUACCCCUCGUUUACAGGAUAGUAGGCGAGUAAUUAUGGAGUUGGCUGAUCCAUGUUUGAAUGGGAAUUUCCCAGAAGAAGAGAUGCAGAUAAUGGCCUACCUAGCAAAGGAGUGCUUACUAUUGGAUCCUGAUGAUCGGCCAACCAUGAGUGAGGUUGUUCAAAUUCUCUCAACUAUGGCACCUGAGAAAUCUAGAAGGAGAAACAUUCCUGUAUAUCUUCACCAGAGGUCAUCCCCACGAGGGAUAAGAAGUGGUUCAGACAUUCAGAGACCUAACAACCAAGUGGAGAAGAAGCCAGUCCCAUCCAGUAAACGGUCAGCCCAGUGUUCACUACAAUUGUCAGGUCCUAUUGAUGUUGAGGAAGCAAGGCCAGCCCCAUCAACUAAAGAGUCAACUUCGUGUUACCUGCCAGUAGAUGUUGACGGUAUUCUGCGUAGUGGAAACAGCAGUAAGGAAGCAGAUUCCAUUUCAACCAACUAUAUCGAGAGUCUGGUCCUCUUGAGUGUCAGUAGUAGGAGUUGCCAUGCCUCGGAUGAUGAUAUGGUCGACUUAACUGAACCACGGUUUGAAUCAUUCUGUAUGUCCAAUAUCAAGACCACUUGACGAAAACAACCCGACUUGUGCAGGAGGUUUUGGGAAAAGAGGAAGAAAACUCCAUGGUUAUUUGAUGAUACGAGCUCGUUGAAAUACAUUAUUGGUUCGUUGAAUGCAUUAUUGGUUGUAGAUUGCUCAAGAGGAUAUCAAAGAGGAAGCAAACAGAUUUUCUGUCCUUUUUUUUUCCCUUUGCUGUCUGUGUUCUUUCCUUUGAAAAGGAGCACGUCACAGGCUUUUUCUUAUGAGAAAAUCAUACAAGUUUAUUUGUUGUAGUUAAUGUAUAUUGCUCGUGCAUGUAAAUAGAGAGGGAACCAUAGAAAAUUCACAUGGUAUGGGGUCAGUUCCUGAAAGAUUUAAUAAUAUAUUUACAAUUCUUACAACUAAAUGGCACUAUUUGCAUUUUGAUGUGAGUUCUCUGAUUUUAAAAAAGAGAAAUGAUGAGAGUUAUUAUUGUAUAACAACUUGUUUACAAUUAUGUAAUAAAAUAAUAUUAUUUUAAAUAUUA